CGAUGAAAUGUCGAACGUCCUCUACCUAUUUACGACGACGAGGACGAUGAGGUAGUGCCCGAAACUCAAAAUUUGGGCGACGAGGACGAGGACGAGGACGAUGAAUAUAAUGUGGAUGAAGACGCGGGCAACGAAGAAGAUGACGCUUGGGAUAAAAAGGGAAAAAUGGCGAGUGAAAAAUGGACAAAGGUCCAAGAAGAGGCGUUGGCGAAGGCGUUGGUACAUUGCUCUACCAACAAAAAGAAGGGCAAUCAACAAAACCACGAUAGUUUUUGGCGUAAGAUUUUAGAUCAUUUUAACGCCACCGUCGGUGGAAGUAAGCGGACCGUGCAUCAAGUACGGUCUAAAUGGGGCCCGAUGAUGACGAAAAUAAACUUUUUCAACGGCCUAUACCAACAAGCGGAUCGCACACGAGGAAGCGGGUGUAAGGAUCUCGACGUGAUGAAAGUCGCUUUAAAGGAAUUUAAAGAGAGAUUUCCGAACGGUUUUCAACAUGUCGAGGCGUGGGAGGUCGUUCGAAAACACGACAAAUGGGCCCAAGUCCCAUUGUUGGGUGAGGAAGGGGAAGGUUCGGCACAAAAAAGAAAGCCCGUUGACGUGGACCCUUUGAUACCCGAUAUGAACGAAGACCCCUCGCCACAAAGAACACAACGGCGAGACAAGCGCCAAGCGACAUCGUCCGAGGGAAGCUCGGCCGAGUUGGCGGCACAAUUCAAAGAGUGGAGGGUAGCGGUGAUAGUGGUUGUAGAUGAUGAAGGGGGUGGUGGUGGUGGUGGCGACGGAAAUGGGUUGUUGGCGGGUGGUAGUGGUGCGUUGGCAGGUGUUGGUGGUGGGUUGAUGGUGGUGGUGGGAGGUGGUAGUGCGUAUUAUGUUCUCAAUGAUGUUAAAAAGCGCCAGAUCUAUGAUAUAUACGGUGAAGAUGGGGUUAAAUCUGGGUGGUAUGAUGAAAUGUCUAAUGCUUUUACUGGUGUGAUGAAAUUGGGUUCGGAUUCUGGAUUUGGGUUUGAUCCGCGUGAUGUGGAGAUGUUUGCUGAGUUUUUUUAUGAUGAGAAGAGUGUGAAGAAAGCGGAGACUGUGGAGAAUAAGUUGAGUUGUAGGUUGGAGGAGUUGUAUAAAGGUUCUAAAAGGAAAAUGUAG